AUGGCACCACCCAUUCUUGCGCCGCUACCCAUCUUCGGCAUUGCUCUGACCGGCACUGCCAUCGUUUCCCUCGUCUUCCUUCACUUCUGGUACUCUCGCCUCGACCGUAAGAGGAACACCUACAGAGUGGAGUCUCGGAGCACUGAACGCAGCCCUGUUGACUCGGAAUGCGGUCUACGCGAGAGGGACUUGUUCCGUGGAUCUCCUGCUCUAGUCCCGCCUGGCCAGGCUGGACGAGGCCGUGUAUGGACCACAGCGGAAGUUCGCCGUGGAGGUUUCAGAGGCGCAGAGAUGGAAUCCGAUAUCACCGAUAUGAGAGGCGUCCGUAAUGGCGGCAUGCGCGGUGGCUCUGGCGACAACCCGUUCCUCACUCCUCGCAGUACUACGCCUACGCCUUACAACACGAUAGCCAGCAUGAGAGGUGGAGCACGGCCACAGCAUCUGACCAGCGUUGAGGCUCUUCGUCUCAGCGAAACCGGCAGUGCCCACGGCAGCGAUUCUGUCUUCUUACAAAGCUACGACCUCGCCGACGGCUCGCCUCACGGCCAGCACCACCAUGGUACUACGAAGCAUGCUCAUGGCCACUCCCCUCUCCGCAAUGACAUCACAGCCAGCACCGCCAAGACCGAGGCCGGCACUUCCUCCAGUAACGACAACACAAGCAACGAUACCCUCAAGCCGCCGUCGAGCGACGAGAGCAACGAGAAGAGGGGCAGCUUCAGCCGCAGCAUCAGCAAACUAAGCAUGAAGAGCAAGAGCACGAAGAAAGAGAGCAGCAAGAAGAGCCCCGGCCCUCUGGAGGUCCACCCUUGGCGCUUGUCGUAUACCUGA